AUGGCCGAAGCGGAGAAAGCGGGGACCUAUCCAGGAGGCGAUGUCGAGAAGCACAUUGUCCCUGUAGCCAACGCACCUGGGAUCGAUGAUGUGGGCAUCCUGAAGCAUGCGAACAAGAACGAUGCGGAUGAGGCUUUUAAGGUCUUGGUCGAGGGAGGUGAGACCAUUGUCAUCACUCCUGACGAAGAACGCCGGCUUCUGAGAAAGAUUGACCUGAAUCUGAUGCCAUUGCUUUGUAUUGUCUACGGUCUGAAUUAUCUCGACAAAACCACUGUUUCCUACGCGAGUACUGACAUCCACCUUGUUGGGCAAGACUAUUCUUGGAUCGGCUCCAUGUUCUACUUUGGUUACCUCUUCUGGGAAUGGCCUACCAACCGCCUCUUACAAAGACUGCCGCUGGCAAAAUACUCAGCUUUCAACGUCAUCAUGUGGGGGCUCACUCUUUGCUGCAUGGCGGCUGUCAAGGACUUUGCCGGCGCUAUGACGGUGAGGUUCUUCCUUGGUGUGUUUGAAGCCGCAGUGUCUCCAGGUUUUGCGUUGUUCACGAGCCAGUGGUGGACUAUCCGCGAGCAGGGAACGCGUACUGGUUGGUGGUUCAGCUUCAACGGUUGGGGCCAGAUUUUGGGUGGAUUUGUGGCCUACGGUAUCGCUGUUGGCACAGAAGCCCGUCCGGUCUCUAUCAAGUCUUGGCAGCUUGUGUUCCUGGUGAUCGGCCUCUUCACCGCCUUCAUGGGAUUUAUCUUUCUAUGGUGGAUGCCGGACAACCAGCUAAACGCCCGUUUUCUGACACCAAAGGAGCGUCGAAUGGCCGUUGAACGAAUCCGAAUGAACCAACAGGGUGUUGGAAACAAGCACUUCAAGAUGUACCAAUUCAAGGAGGCUAUCACUGACCCCAUGAUCUGGGCAUUUGUCUUUUACAGCUUAGUUGCGGAUAUCCCGAACGGUGGAAUAUCGAAUUUCUUCUCGCAACUAAUCGUAUCCUUUGGUUACACGAACACCCAGUCCUUACUCUUGGGUACACCAGGUGGGGCUGUAGAAGUUGUUGCACUAGUGGUGGCUGGUCAUCUUGGUGAUCGGUACAAGAAUCGACUUGUAAGUCACCUGUAUCAAGAGGAAAUGUUUGGCUUCCUGACCUGGGAUAUGCAGCUUAUUUCAACAUCUGGAUUGCUUAUCGCGGCCCUCGGUAUGCUUCUGAUUACUUGUCUGCCCGAAAGCCACAACGCCGGCCGCCUCGUGGGAUAUUAUCUUACGCAAGCUUCGCCAACUCCAUUUGUAGCUCUUCUUUCCCUCAUCUCAACUAACGUUGCCGGUUGGACGAAGAAGACUACAGUGGCAGCAAUGUAUCUGAUCGGCUAUUGCGUGGGUAAUAUCAUUGGUCCACAAGUUUUCCAAGAUAAGGACAAGCCGCAAUACCGCCCUGCCGAGAUUACUAUCAUUGUCUGCUACUUAGUAUGUGUGCUCGACAUUCUGUUCAUUUACUUCUGGUGUAAAAGACAGAAUAAGAAGAAGGCUGCAAUCAGGGCAGCAUCGGGCUAUCAGAAACUUGAGGGUCAGGAGUUCCUUGAUUUGACGGAUGGAGAGAACCCGGAAUUCGUAUACAGCCUUUAG